CUCUCGUCAUCUCUAUCUCAAUUUACUCUGGGAGGGCAAUCGAAUCUCCGAGCUUCUCAGAUCGACUACUUAAUGCUAGGGUUUCUGUUCUAAUUGCCAGGGACGGAGGAGGCGAGGAAGCUCGCGAAGAGGAUUCGGCAUAGACUGUAUGUUGGAGAGAUUCAGUGGAUCAAAGCCGUUAUGGUUCUUAAACUUUCUAGGAGUGCAGUUUCAUUUGAUUAACUGCUGAGCAAAGGCCUUAGUUUCCUCUUUCUUCCAGCAUUUUUUCUGACUGGGAGAUUAAUUAGUUUGAUGCUUAUAAAGUUUUAGGGCGAAGUAUUAAUCUGUGCUAUUUAUUCUGAAAUCUUGUCGAGAGCCAUUGUACUUACCAGCUAAGCUAUUCUCUUCCAGUGAAGCAAGCAUGGUCCGACAUUGUGAUUUCUGCACAGAACAAAGAUCUGUUGUCUACUGUAGGUCUGAUGCAGCUUCCUUAUGCUUAUCUUGUGACCGGAACAUCCAUUCUGCAAAUUCUCUUUCUCGGCGGCAUUCACGUACACUGUUAUGUGAUCGGUGCAUGACACAACCUGCUGCAGUUAGGUGUGUCGAAGAAAAUGCCUCCCUUUGCCAAAAUUGUGAUUGGAAUGGCCAUGUUGGUUCAACAUUGACUUCAGAACACCAGAGGCAGACAAUCAACUGCUACUCAGGCUGUCCAUCAGCAGCAGAAUUUUCAAGAAUAUGGUCUUUCUUUGAGUACCCUCAAAUCAAAGAGAUUCCUUGUGAACAAGGAUUGGAGACUAUCAAUGAGAACAGUGCCAACAAUUGGUGGGGACCUCCAGAGAACUGUAGUACUGCCAAUAGUGGCAGCAGUAGAACAAAGAAUGUGCUGAGUGCAAAUGAUGAGAGCAAUCACUUGGCUGAAUCAUUUUCAGCAGCUGCAGUCAAUGCCAUGUCUUGUAGUGCUGAGGAACAAGCUGCUUCGGUGGAUUCUACAACACCCAAGCCGUGUUGUCCUGGAGCUGUUGAUAUUGAAUUCUGCAAAGAUUUCUAUGAUGGUUUCGCCAUGGAUGAUGUGGACAAUAAAUUUGAGAAUUAUGAGGAACUCUUUGGUGCAUCUCAUAACCAAACUGGGGAUCUUUUUGAUGAUGCUGGAAUAGAUAGUUACUUUGACAUGAAGGACAAUUCUGCUACCAAUUCCAUUUGCAAUGAUGACUUGUUAGAAGAGGUUCAGCAAAUGGCAGCAACAUGCAGCAAAGCGGUAUCUGCUGAUUCUAUGAUGUCCAAUCCUGGAGGAAUUGCAGAUUCUAGCGAGCGUUUACCAGUUUACCAAGUUCAAUCAGCUGUAUCAUUUUCCUUUUCUGGUGUAACUGGUGAAAGCAAUCCUGGAGAUUAUCUAGAUUGUGGAAUGUCAGAAAUGCCUUUAAUGGGUGGACCACCUUGGUUCUAUGCUGGUCCAGGGAGCUCCUCAAUACCUACUUCUGGCAGGGAAACUGCUCUUAUACGCUACAAGGAAAAGAAGAAACAACGGAAGUUUGAGAAAACUAUCAGAUAUGCUUCACGUAAGGCCAGGGCAGAUAUUAGAAGACGGGUGAAGGGACGUUUUGUCAAGGCAGGUGAAGCUUACGAUUAUGAUCCACUCUCCCAUACAAGAAGCUACUGAAUACAACAAUAUUUCUCUUAUUAUGAGUCAAUGUUUAUUUUUGUAUUUUUUGAGAGACCAAUAAAAACCUGACAUGGUUGGAUUGUUCAUUAUGAAGAAUGGAAAAGAAGAGGAGAUACAAUAUGAUUAAACUGUGGAGAGUGAUUGAAAAAAAUCUCCAGCUUACAGAGUUUUUCCUCGAGAAUUUGGUGGAUCAAGUCCUCCAAACUUUUUCCCUGCAUGCUGGCUGGACCAGGUAUGUGCUACAAUUUUGAAGAACAAACAGCUGUUGAUCAAUCCAUUUAGUCAUAGGAGUUCAUUGUCAUUCAUCCAACAUCAGUGUUCAAUGACCUGCACUCUGAAUCUUGCUUUGAGGUUUGGCACAUAUCUCAAAUGUCUAUAUACUAAUAAGGCUAUUACUCCUUUCUUGGUCAUGUAAGAUGUGUAGAGUAAUAAUGAAGAGAACACUUUGUAUCUUUUGGAUCUGUGGAACUGCAUGUAUAAUGGGAGGGUAACUACUCCCUUGUAAAUACACUUUUCCAAAACCAUGGACUGAUGCAAUUAAGGUUGGAUUUAUAG